GUUAAGCUCUUUCAUCAAGUAGCUGCAGACGAACAGAUUUGCUACUUCGACGUCAAUAGCGAGUAUCCAUUCGUCAACAAGAACAGGCGCUAUCCAGUUGGACAUCCCACCGUAAUUACAAAGAAUUUCCAGGAUAUACGUUCUUAUUUCGGUGUUGUUUCGUGUGAAGUUUUACCACCUGGAGAUCUUCAAUAUCCUGUUCUACCCUAUCGUUCUGGUGGUAAGCUGACCUUUCCUUUGUGCCGCACGUGUAUGGAAAAACAUACGAACAACAAGUGUCAGCAUGCUGACUGUGAACGUACUAUUACCGGCACCUGGUGCACGCCAGAAAUUCAAAAAGCUUUGGACAAUGGCUACAGUAUCGUGAGGAUUUUUGAAGUUUGGCACUUUGACAAGCACGAAGAUCGGCUGUUUGAAAACUACAUUAAUCAGUUCCUCAAACUAAAGACUGAAGCCAGCGGUUGGCCAGCAGAAGUUCGAACCGAGACAGAAAAGCGGAAAUACAUCCAGGACUUCAAGGACCAUGAAAACAUCGACUUGGAGUACGACAAAAUUAAUCCGAAUCCUGGUCUGAGAGCGUUAGCCAAGUUAUGUUUGAACAGUUUUUGGGGCCGUCUUGGAAUGCAGGACAAUAAAUUAAACACAAUGUAUAUCAGCGAACCGGAGAAGUUUUACGACAUGCUGCUGUCGGGGAAACACCACGUUCACUCCUGGGAUCUUUUUACUGACGAUAUUGUGCAAAUAACCUACACUACUGAAAAUGGUUUUGUUGAUCGAAAUCCCCAUACGAAUGUCAUUUUAGCGGCAUUUACAACGUGCUGGGCUCGAUUGCAUCUGCUCAAGUUUAUGGAAAUGGUAGAAGGCCGCCUACUGUACUUUGAUACAGAUUCCAUAUUCUUCGUGACUCGGGCUGGUCUUGCGGAUCCUCCAACGGGAAUUUUUCUUGGCGACCUCACCAACGAAUUAAAGCCUGGACAACACAUUGUACAGUUUGUCAGCUUGGGAGCCAAGACCUAUGCCUAUGUCACCAACGAUGGUGAGAGUGUGGUAAAAGUCAAAGGAUUUACUAUUAACGGUCGAACCAGCGAGCAAAUUAAUUUUAAAGUGAUGUUAGAUAUGCUGGCGAACCGUAGCAUUGUCGAUGUAAAUUAUCCUGAUAUUUUGCAACGUGACAAAUCUAAAAUGACGAUUCGUAAUACGAAUAUGGUCAAACGAUUUCAGGUGACCUAUGACAAAAGACGAAUACUAGAUGAUCAGUAUAAUACGGUUCCGUACGGAUACCAGCUUGCUUAG